UUAGCAUACAUUGCUAUGUCCAUUUUUGGUUCUCUCUCACUAAUACAGCCCCACCCCUAACGCUGUGCACCAAAGCCCAUGCAUUCCUAUAUAAAGACACACGAAGAGCAGCGUUAACCAGAUACUGUCUUCAAUUACUCAGCAGAACGAGAAAUAUUUUUGGAUGAGAAAGUGAUGGCGGGGUUGUGGCGACUCCUGAUUUUGGGGUGUGCGUGUCACUUCCUGUGCGGUCCGGGGGUCUCCGGAGCCAAGUUCACCGGUACCCCUAAGCAGUGCGAGGAAGCCGAAUUUGUCCCCGGACACAACCUGGCGGGAGAGGGCCUGGACAUCGUAAAGAUGGAGCGCAAAGGCGUCUACGUGGUGAACCUGGACAACUGGCGGACAAGGAAUGGCACCUGCACUCUGGUGAGGAACGCGUGCCUGUCUUCUAAAGAGCAGAAGCUUCCGGCCGGCGUGACGAACUGGAGGUGCAUCCCCAAAUGCAAGAUGCACGUCACAAGCAAGCAGUACGAAUCGAGCGAGUCCCUGGUCAAGGACACCACCUCCAUCGUGACGAACAACUGGAAGGUGGGCCUGAGCAUCCCGCUGGCGGCCAGCGUGUCCAUUGGAGGAACCCACUCCCGUGAAGCCACCUUCUCCAUGGACAAGUCGAAGCAGGACAAGUACAGCUUCACCAGCCACCAGGUCCACUGCAGCUUCUACAGCUACACCCUGGCUUCCACUCAGCGUCUUCACGAAGAGUUUGUGGAGUCGUUAAAAAAACUCCCAAAAAGCUACACCCCAAGCACCAAAUCAGCCUACAUGGACCUGAUCGACACGUACGGCACUCAUUACAUAACACAGGUCCAGCUGGGGGGUAGACUGAAGGGCAUUACAGCCAUCAAGGACUGCCAAGCCGCCAUGAAAGGACUGACCAGCACAGCGGUCAAGGACUGCCUGGAAGUGGAGGCCUCUGCCACGUACAAGAAGACCGUCACCCUCAGCUCCGAGGCCCAGCACUGCCGCGAGCUCAAGAAGAAGAUGGGCACGAGCGAGAGCUUCAGAACCAUGUUCAGCGAACGCCACUCCGAGGUGGUGGGGGGGAAGGUCGAGGUGAAUAACCUGCUUUUCUCAAACGAUCAACAGGCCCACCAGCAAUGGCAGGCGUCCCUGAAGACCAUGCCUGACGUAGUGUACUACUCCGCCAAGCCCCUGUUCUUCUUGAUGAGCCAGAGCGACCCGGCCAGGGAGGGGCUGAAGGAGGCCAUCCAGCAGUACAUCGGACAGAAUGCGCUGGUGACGAAGUGCAGCGGGUCCUGCCAGGUGGGGCAUAGGAGCGGACGGGACUCCUGCUGCUGCGUCUGCGGGCAGAACAGCCGGAUGACCUCCACCUGCUGCCCCACAGCGCCGGGGCUGGCCGAUCUGAGGGUCUACGGGCUCUACGCGCGGGACCUGUACGGCGACUGGGGAUACGGAACCGACGGCUCGGUGGUGGUGACCUACGGCGACCAGACCGAGCGCACCCGCGUGAUCGACGGCGAUAACAACCCCAAGUGGCCGGAGACCUUCCGAUUCGGGCCCAUCCGGAUGGGUGCGCUCAAGGGGCUCCAGUUCACGGUGUACGACGCCGACAGCAAGUGGAACAGUGAUCUGCUGGGCCAGUGCGACUUCAAGCUCAAGCGGGGCAAGGUGUCCGACAGCUGCAUGUUCAAGUACGGGACCUUCUUCUUCUCCUACGAGGUGACCUGCGCCCCCAGCCUGGGCGGCGACGACUGCCAGCAGUACAUCCCCUCCCCCGUGAGCCCCCUGCUGGCGAGGAGGUUCCACUCCCGAAACGGGUUCCUCGCCGGAGAGCAGUGGGAGGCGCUGCUCGCGGGGAACCGCACCGGGUUCGAGGACCACGUCGGCGAAUAGGAGAGGCCUCCGUUCGUGUUUGUAGUCCCCACGGCAACCCGUCCAAUGUAGCCGUUUCCUGCUACAGCUAUUUUAUACAAGCUUGUUGCAUAUUUGCCGCCAGUGUUAAUCGAAGCUGUUUGCUGAUGUUUUUUGUUAUUUUUUCACCUUUUUUUGCUGGUUUUUACCUACUCUGCUCACUCACUCAGGAACUAUUGUCAUUCCCAGCAAUAAAGCAUUCAUAAAGACAAAA